CGAGCAUAUAGCAAUUGUCGCCUUUGUGCGCAGCGGCCUCCAUUUACCGGACAGGCGCACAAUGGGCCGCCUCGCAGGGGUCCUUACCUGUGAAAAGGACCCCCAACUGUUCACACAUCCCCCCCCCCUUUACUCUCAAUUCAUGGUAAAAGACCCCCCUGCGCUGAAUGCCUCUUGUAUGCACUACUAUUUGUCUGUUUUCAUGUGUUUUGAAAACACCAACCAUUCACACCUCUCCUCUGUGAUGCAUGGUGGUAUAAUGACGCAGGGCCUCAAAACAGGAAACAAUUUGCUUUUUUGUGUGUGUGUGUGUGUGUGUGUGUCUUUGUCUCUUUGUGUGCUUGUGUCUGUGUGUUUGUGUGUAUGAAAUAAUUGUGCUAAUUGCUGUGUGAAAAUUGCUCUCCACCGAAGGGAGACCCGAGAUUAGAGCGGUGUAAUUUGCAGCGAGGAGCCUCGCGCUGCCGUGUGCUGACACAGAGCUCACUAAAACCUGCCGCUUCAGUCACAGUGAAAACACAGAGACGAGUUCCUGCUUUCUGAUCACCAACCUGCUCUCAUAGCGUGUCUGCAAUCUGUCAGAGACACAGUUUAUGAAUCCAAUAUGAUCAGAAUACACAGGGAUCGGGCCUUUUGUAUUGUUUCUGCCAAUGAAAGCUUCCAAUUACACGUUUUAUUUAAAGGUUUCUGAUUCAAAAUGAUAAAAGAAAUCUUUGAGUAUGUGUCUGUAUGUCUUUCACGUGUCGUCUGCUGUACGGGAGAACAAACUAGUUUGUGUAUUAAUAACAUUCUUUAUAAUCUAAUUGAUCAAUACCCACAUUUUACCCGCUAUAUGCAAUAUUAAAAGUCACACAAGCUCAUGCGAAAGAACAAAAUGUUUGUUUACAGCACUCUGCUUAUUUAUCAGCUCUAAGCUACAAUUAUUAACUACAGCCGGUGUAUUUAUUUUGUCACCACGUAGAAGAAAGAAUCUUAUUAAUUCUUCUUACACGCCACUUAUCAUAAUGUGGGAAAGACGAUGCUUUGUCUCGCAGCUAAAUCAUCCUGUUUGUUACUAUUUUACAAUGAAGCCGAUGAGUAGAUCCAAGUAAUUGUUCACUCGAACACCAGUUUAAAAAACACUUUCUCUGCGUCGUGACGACCUCCCGGGGGAGGAAAUUAACAACCAGCCGUUCAGAUCUCACUUUAUUUCCCUCUAAUCGUGGCUCCGUGUCAUUAAUGGGUUCAUUUUUUUCCCAGUUUCGUAGAAGCAGUGAAUCAUAAAGAUGUGUUCAAGAUGUCACAAGGUGAAUUCGGUUUGUCUUAGAUGUUGGUGCAGCAGAAGGCGGCCGACAGCGAGAGCGUGAUGCUGACACAGAGCUCAGAGACGGGCCUGCAGCUGCAGCAGGCGCUGGAGCAAAUCUCCAACAUCAGCACGGCGCUGUGUGACAUACAGCGCUAUUACCAGGACCAGAGUCAGAGCGGCGUCCUCUCUGAGCUGCAGAACCUCAGAGGAGAGCUGCAGAAGAGCGAGGAGGAGAGGAAGGCCUUGGAGACCCAGCUGUCUGAAGCUAACGGCGCGGUCACACAGCUCCAGGAUGAAGUGAAACAGUUACAAGAUACGCGGAAGAGCGAGGAUGAUGCUGUUGAACCAGAGGAGAAAGCCACUCUUGCUCCACCGCCUCCUCCUCCUCCUCCUCCUCCUCCUCCUCCUCCUCCUCCCACAUCUGUCACCAAUUCACUGGAUUUGCUGAGAAGCAGGAGAAAAGAAAGAGCCGGUAAAGCUGAUCCAAACCAAGCAGCCCCCUCGCUGGACAUGAAGACGAGAGCGGUGGAUGAAAUGAUGGAGAGAAUAAAGAACGGCAUCAUCCUGAGGCCCGUCAAGAGAAUACAGGAGGACGAAAGCGCAUGGAAGGACCAGAGGAGUGAAAACAGAAAGUCAGCUAUCCUGGAGAUGAAAGGAAUGCUGGACAACAUGAAGCGUCAGCAGCUCCGCAGAGGAACAUCCAGGCGAGGAAUGGGGCAAACUGUUGGGGAAGCAGAGCUGCUGCAGGUGCUGCAGAGGAGGAGGAGAGCGAUCGGGGAGAACCAGGCCAGAUCCACAGUGUGUCCCAGCAGCAGGAGAUGAUCCCUGGGCAGGCGAGAGCAGCAGGGCCCCCGUGCUCCGCAGGCUGAAACAGAACAGAGAGAAGAGAGACUCUCGCAUCCGAGCAUCAGCGCAGAUCAUCAGCCAAGAAACCUGAGAGCAGCUACAGGAGGUCUUAUUGUCAUCGCUGUUUUAUACCAUGAUGAGUUUGUUGACUAAACUGCAAUAAAAACAAGGAACCAGCAGAAAAGAACAAAGAAAAGCAUUCUUUCCAAAUGCCGUUUAACCCAGGCCUGCUUCAAAUAGCCCGUACUUGUUGCGUGUCAAAGGGAAUGAAACUCAUCGAGCCGUGUUUAAUGUCCAACAUCGUUCUUUUUGGGUGCCUGGGUUUCGGCUGAUCUAAGUGCAAGUAUUCUACGGAAUAUAGAUGAAGAUAAAAAACACUUUAUCAUACGAAUGCCCUUACCCACUUCUCUCCCGAGGUGUCUCUCUUAAAGCCCGAUCCAGCAGAAGGCUGGAGGCUGCGAUUUAUUUAGGCACAUUAAAGCUCUCACACCCGGAGCCCAGAGGUGUCGUUGAGAUAAGAGCCUCAGGUGAUCUGGCCGCUUCCUCCUGAAAGUAUCUUUAAUGGCGGUUGGUCGCCUUUUGUUUUCUCACCUCCACACAGAUACUGCAUAUAUGUGUGCAUGCAUGCAUGAAUGAAUACAUACGCCACACCCUCACAGCACACUAUCUGCCUUUGUUAAAAGCAUUUUAAAAGAUGAAAUUACUCUCACCUUUGACUCUGACACCAUUUUAGUGUCUUCACACUGUUUCACAUUAUAUAUUUACUUUAUUUAGCUCUUUUUACUAGAGGGGGGGGGGUCUACCUUUUCACUCCCCAGCAUACAUUUUUUAUUGUUUCCCUCCUCAGUCUCAAAGGUGUUGACUUUUGGGAUGCAGUAAUGUUUUCUGCCCCCUCAGUGUUAUUGAAUCAAUGCACAUGAAAGCCAGAGUGUGUGUGUGUGUGUGUGUGUGUGUGUGUGUGUGUGUGUGUGUGUGUGUGUGAGAAAUAGCAGGAGAUGUAAUGAGGGCGAGACAGGAGGUUCUGAAACUGAUCCUCUACAUUGGAGGAUACUGAUACAAAUAGAAAAGACGUGUUAACGAGAAACCAUCUUUAACACCCAGGCUGUACAUCUUUAAAAUAUUAAAGUGGUGUUCCUACAAGUGUGUUUCCUCGGUUAAUGAACAGAAGAAAAGAAGCAUUUUUGUAUCUAUGACCUUUAUUAAAGGUACAAUUCCUAUAACAAAUGUGACCAUAUUGAAGGCCCAGAAGGAAACACCUCAUUUCACCAGUGAAGACGUAGAUGUGGGGGGACAUCUCAUGCUCGUGUUCAGUUCAUACUUGUAUUUUGGGUCAUUACGAGAACAUGUUUACAUGCUUCAAUGUUAAAAAAAACAUUAUUUGUCUCAUACUGUCUGUAUGAAUAUACCUGUAUUCACCUGCUGUCUGAAAAACACCUGACUCUUUAAGACCAUGACACACCGUCAGCCAAUGUCUUCGUUAGCAUCUGUCGGCCUGCAGUGUUUCCUGCACCGUUGGCACUAUCAGCACUUGUCGAUUCAGCAUGUUGAUUGCUGGGGGGCAAGAGAAAUCAUUCUGAUUGGCUUUUCAGCUUAAGUAAAUCAGUGCACGGGAAGACAAAGGAAAGUGCUUUGUUUCUUUUUCUAUCAUCUGAUUGUGUUGUGUGUAUUUAGUUUAAUCAGUAUUAUUGAACAUUUGUAAAUAUAGAACGACUGUGCUCUGCAUGUUUUUUAUUUUACCAAUAAAAAGUUCAGUCAA